AUGUCGAAAAUUAGUCAAAAUAGUGAUUUGAGCAGUUUAAACGAGCCAAAUAGCCCAUAUGUAACUCCAGGGUGUGAAAAAAACUCGUUUGAAACUAAUAUUAAUACGCCGAGAGGAUCCCGUGUCCAAGCAUCCGAUGAUUCACUUCUCAUAAAUGGUGAUUGCGAUUAUGCUUUGGAACUCCGAGCCUUCAAAUACCAAGUUAUCAUGAAAAUGGACAUGCAAACAAGAGCUAUUAUGAAUCUUCGAGAUUUGUGUAUUUCUCUGAAAUCGGAAUUGCACGAAAUUAAAACGAAGUUCAUGUCGGUAGUUGAACAAAGUGAUAAAAGCAAUAGUGGAAAUAUCAAUCGUGCUCUCAAUGUAAAUAACGGGCAGUGUACUCGUGCCGAGGACAUAUCGGAGAAGCGAAUAGAAAAUAUACCAACACCAACAUUUGCCAAAAUCACUCAAAACCCGAGGCAGGUAGGCGGUAGUACUAGCGAGGCCACGAAAGCCACGAAAAUCAGCUCAGCGACAAUCAAAACGCGACGAGUUAAGAAACAUCAAUUACAAUCGGUGGAUCUAGAGACCGUAGAGUGGCUCUUGUCGCUCGCUCGCUCGCAGCGUCUAGAACAAACUACCGUCGUCCGCGCUGUGCGUGAACUGCCGGCUGUAUCGAGAGGAGCACUUAUCACUAUGAACUGCUCCUGCUUAAACCUAUCUAUGGAAACGGAACAUAGUAACUCGCAGAAUAUGGCGACUAAUGAAAAUAAUAUUGCCUUUAGCAACAAACGUGACUCCAAGAAUAUUACGGUUCGCAAGAAAACAACGGAAAAAGAAGCGGUCGAAUCCUCGAAGCUAGACUAUGCGGCCGAAAUACGUAAUCUGCGGCAAGAAGUUUCGAUGCUAAGAGAUCACUUAGAAACGGCUAUAUCCUUAAUACAUAGUUGUGAAGUAAAGAUAGAUGCCUACUCUGAUCGUAUAUUUUCAAUUUUUGAAAAAGUAAAACCGGAUAACUGUCCUGUACAUCCUAAAAUUAUUACAAAAGAAAAUGUGCAACUGCUCUCUAAAAAAUCGAAAUUAAAAAAUGCGAAUAAAAAUAAAAAUAACAAGAAAACUACACCUAUUCCCUCUUUACAAUCACUAGAAAAGGAGAAGGAAAAAAGUAGUAAAAACUCGGUUUCGCCGAAUUAUAAGCCGGAUGAACUGCAACCUGUGCAAAGGAAGAAACAUCCUACUACUGUGUGCGGCGCGGCUGGUCCCAGUGUCACCACGCUGAAAGCUGUUCAGCCCCGUCGGUUUCUUCACCUUUGGAAUAUGGAGUCCAGCGUGGAAGAAGUUAGGGGCUACCUUCAACAACUAUGUCCAGGAAGUGUAUGUGUGGUCGAAGAACUGAAAGCACGCGGUAACUACAAAUCCUAUAAGAUUGAAGUGCCGGCAAUUUGCUUUGAUACUUGUUUGUCCGCCGAAGUGUGGCCAAUAAACGCUAAAAUAAAAAUCUGGAAGGCACGUACUACGAAACCUGUUGGAACGUCUCAAACGCGACUCAAUCCGCCCUUUCGUGACACAACGACGCCCCUUACAUCAAGUCAAGAGUAA